AUGGGCAAGGAGAUAAAAGACCAUGUUGUUGGCCCGAUGCCAGUGGAGGACUUUCUAGACGAGUUCCUGCCGAAUCCGAAAAACCAUGACCCCUCGGACUUCACUUCACUCUUCACUUCGGCCUCCAACGCUGAAGCAUUCAACAUACAAUCCGUUAAGAGAGAGGAGGCUGCUUACGAUUUAUUCAUCAACGGCAUAAAACCCUUCGCCCCCCAACUAUCAUUUGUGAACUCGUCCAACCGUGCAGACACGAAGAACUGUUCGGCCUUCACAUUCAACGUCAAGCCGGAUGUUUGUGUAUACGCCGACGGAACAUCUCAAGGCUGCGAUAUCUCCAAACUCGAAGUCAACGUCGAAUUCAAAUGGAAUGAUGGAUAUGACGCAUUCAGCAAAGAUCCUGGGCCUGAUACGCAUAUUGUAUCUGUGACCGAGAAGGCCUUCGAUACAUUGGGCCAGAUAACGAGCUAUGCUAGCGCUCAGCUCGGCGCUCAAUAUCGCACCCGCAUCAUCAGAUGGGACAGGGAGGGAGCUAUCGUUACGGACGCCUUCAAUUACAACGACCCACACUUAGCCGACUUCUUCUAUCGUUAUGCGCGAGCAUCGCCUGAGAUGUGUGGCGUUGAUACUUCUGUCACGCCCGCUAGCACCGAGGAUGCUGCUCUUGCAAGGGAGGCCUUGAAACUUCCCACCGCUACGCGCAUGUUCAAAGUUGCAGUUCCUGAGGAUCCUGCUGUUGAGGACUCUGGCUGGUUGACGUUGAUUAUUCCCCAGCCUGUUGCAAAGGGUUUUCCACCUGUUGGCCGCUGGACUCGCACGUGCCCUGCAUUUGAUCUCCUGAACCAGAAGGUCGUAAUGUUCAAGGACUCGUGGCGCGUGUCGAUAAAGGAUGUCCUACCGGAAGGCGAAACUUAUAAAUUAUUAAAGUUACACAAAGUUCGCAAUGUCGCAACAUGCAUUGCAUUUCACGAUGUAAUCCACCCUAUCCCUCAGCAAAACACCCAGACUGCUAAGUUUGGAAGCGCCGAAUGGGCGUGUCCCAACAGGGAUGUCGCCAAGAAGCUCAUCACUCCGCAUACUCUUCACCGCCUGGUUCUUGAUAUUGUGGGCGAGAAGUUGAACGACUAUGCAAGAUCUCAUCAACUUGUCCAGUCUAUCCGCGAUGCGUUGUUUGCUCACAAGGAUGCGUACGAAAACGCAAAAAUCUUACAUCGAGACCUCAGUGUCGGGAAUAUCGUUAUCUACCGAGGAGUGGGCUUCCUUAUCGACUGGGACCUAGCAAAGUUGCUCACUAUUAGGGGUUCUCGACAAACGACUCGCACAGGAACCUGGCAGUUCAUGUCUGCUCACCUUGUCAAGAAUGGGACCGCCAUCCAUGCUGUUGAGGACGACCUCAAAUCGAGCUUCUACGUCGUUCUGUGGACGGCUUUGAUGUACGCGUCAAGCUACAUGAGCAUCGUUGACCGGACGCAAUUCAUCGCGCAUACCUUCGACGCUGAUCCACUGCAGGGGUCUGGAGGAUCCGCGAAAUCCAAUUUCCUCGUCGCGAACACCGACCUCCCACAAGAUAUAUUUGUCGGCUGCAAGCCACUCGACAAUCUUGUCAUUGAACUCGCUCAAUUUUUCUCGCAUAGAUACUCCAAGGUCCGCCCUGAAGACCGGGCGUCACUUGCAAAAUGGCAGAUUACACUGGAGAAUGCUUUGGCCGAAGGGGUGGAGGGGGAUGAAUGCACGGCUGCAAAUCAAAUGGUGAUAGAUGUCGUACAAAACUUCAUGCUGGAGUCGCCUGCUUACAGGAAGGACAUGGGUAUGAAGCUCCUGCACUUGCACGAUUCUGUCAUCCAGAUCUACAACAAGCACCUUGAGUCACCCGGUUGGCCUGACCAAGACGCGGCCAGACUGCAACCACUGUGUUACUUUGCGCGCUGCAUCUUCGUACAUACUGUGAUACAUUUUUCGUAUACAAUUUUCGUAUACAACAUUACUGAUCCUGCGAAAUCUCAUACACCAUCAUCUCUUUCGGCCAAGAACGCGUGCAAUUGA